UUAAUUAACAAAGAUGAUUAAUCCAACAUUUAAGGGAAGUCUGACAAGGAUCUCAGCCAGGAUUUCUAAGGAUAUCCAGGAGGUAUUGGCCUUCUUUGGUAAUGAGAGGUACAAGAUUAGGAGGUUUAGUUCUGAGCUGGAUUCGAAGGAAAUAGAUGUCUAUGUGCAAGAGCCACAUGAGAAGGAUAUUGAGGUCCAGCAUAGUGCUGUUAUUAAGCCCGCAGUGAGCAGCAGCCUUAGUUGUUUUAAUGAAGAAAAUAAAGGUGAAGUCGAGAUGGACUGUGACACCCCAGAGAUAGGCAAUGUUUCAUGAGCUGUAGAGAAAAGCAUCAUUGUCCCUCUAUCAAUUGUGAGAAAAGAUAAUCAAUCGGGCACUUCCCACUGGCAUAUAAUUAUCACACCGAGGUAUCCCUUCGAACCUCCCCAAGUCUAUAACUUAAACAGCAUCUCUCAUGAAGAGAUUGAUGCUUCAGGGAGGCUAUUAGUCAGCGCACUUACAACAUGUUGGUCUCCAGUAUUGACCCUAAGUUCGGUGAUUUAUAUUCUGGAGCUAUUCAUUUGUGGGACUUGAAAUGAUCUUAACCCUCAAGAGAUCCUACACCUUAAUGAGCCCAAGAAUUGCUCAGAAUUUAUCGGUAGUUUAGAAAGUACCUCCAUAUCAAAUCCCGAUGAGAACAAAUCCAAAUUCACCGGAACAAAAUUGAAGAAGAAAAGUUUCUUUUUUAGAAAGAGAAGAUUUGAUAGCAUGGAGAGAGACGAUGAUACUCAAUGCAGUACGAAUGAGAGCCCGACCUUAAAGGGCAGCGGAAAGAAAAUCAAAAAGACCCCGACCCCCGAAGAUGAUAUAUUGAUCACAAAUUUCUCAAAGAAAAUGGUGAUCAACAGCAAAAGUUUCAACAAGUUCGAAAUUGGAUUUUAACAAUUAAGUUCUUUAAACAAUAUUUU